CGGGGCAGAGCAAGAGGUGAGAAGAUCCCGAGCUCGCCACGGCAGCACACGUUCCUCAGGCCAGGCGCCGGGCCGCGCGCCCACUGAGCUGAAUUCUCGCGAGAGCGGCAGCCGCCAUUUUUCCAUUGAUUGCCGCGGGCCGGGGGAGGGGCGGCGGCGGCGGCGGCAGCAGCAGCGGCGGCGCCCUGGGUCGGUGUCUGCGCGCUGGUGUCUAAGGCCUGAGCGGAGGCCUCCGCAGUUGCUGGAGCGCAGGCGGCUGGGAGGAUGACUACCACUGCCAUUCUUUCCUGAGACGCAGAGCCACCGCCACCUCCACCCGUCCUCCGCAGGCUGGGCGGAGACGAGCGGUCGGAGUCUGAGCGAUGGUGCCCGGCGAGGAGAACCAACUGGUCCCGAAGGAGAUAGAAAAUGCUGCUGAAGAACCUAGAGUCUUAUGUAUAAUACAGGACACUACUAACUCAAAGACAGUGAAUGAACGGAUCACAGUGAAUUUACCAGCAUCUACCCCAGUCAGAAAGCUCUUUGAAGAUGUGGCCAACAAAGUAGGCUACAUAAACGGAACCUUUGAUUUGACAUGGGGAAAUGGAAUCAAUACUGCUGAUUUGGCACCACUGGAUCACACCAGUGACAAGUCUCUUCUUGAUGCUAAUUUUGAGCCAGGAAAGAAGAACUUUCUGCAUUUGACAGAUAAAGAUGGAGAACAGCCUCAGAUGCUAUUGGAUGACUCCAGUCACGUGGACGACAGCGUGCAUGACAGGUUUAUAGGUCCACUUCCAAGAGAAGGGUCUGUGGCUUCUACCAGUGAUUAUGUCAGCCAGAGCUACUCCUAUUCAUCAAUUUUGAACAAGUCAGAAACUGGUUAUGUGGGAUUAGUAAACCAGGCGAUGACGUGCUAUUUGAAUAGCCUUUUGCAAACACUUUUUAUGACUCCUGAAUUUAGGAAUGCCUUAUAUAAGUGGGAGUUUGAAGAGUCUGAAGAAGAUCCUGUAACGAGCAUCCCAUACCAGCUUCAGAGGCUUUUUGUUCUGUUACAAACCAGCAAAAAGAGAGCAAUUGAGACCACAGAUGUCACAAGGAGCUUUGGAUGGGAUAGCAGUGAGGCUUGGCAACAGCAUGAUGUACAAGAACUGUGCCGUGUUAUGUUUGAUGCUUUGGAACAGAAAUGGAAGCAAACAGAACAGGCUGAUCUUAUAAAUGAGCUGUACCAAGGCAAACUGAAAGACUAUGUGAGGUGUCUGGAAUGCGGUUAUGAAGGCUGGAGAAUUGACACGUACCUUGAUAUUCCACUGGUCAUCCGACCUUAUGGGUCUAGCCAAGCAUUUGCCAGUGUGGAAGAAGCAUUGCAUGCAUUUAUUCAACCAGAGAUCUUGGAUGGCCCAAAUCAAUACUUCUGUGAACGUUGUAAGAAGAAGUGCGAUGCUCGUAAGGGCCUUCGGUUUUUGCACUUUCCCUAUCUGCUGACUUUACAGUUGAAAAGGUUUGAUUUUGAUUAUACAACCAUGCAUAGAAUUAAACUGAAUGAUCGAAUGUCAUUUCCAGAGGAGCUGGAUAUGAGCACAUUUAUUGAUAUUGAAGAUGAGAAAUCUCCUCAGACUGAAAGUUGCACUGAUAGUGGAGCGGAAAAUGAAGGCAGUUGCCACAGCGACCAGAUGAGCAAUGAUUUCUCCACGGAUGAUGCUGUUGAUGAAGGGAUAUGCCUGGAGAGCAGUACUGGGAGUGAGAAGAUUUCAAAACCUGGCCUGGAAAAGAACUCCCUGAUGUAUGAGCUCUUCUCGGUGAUGGUACAUUCAGGGAGUGCUGCUGGGGGACACUAUUAUGCUUGCAUAAAGUCUUUCAGCGACGAUCAGUGGUACAGUUUCAAUGACCAACAUGUGAGCAGGAUAACACAAGAAGACAUUAAGAAGACACACGGUGGGUCUUCAGGAAGCAGAGGCUACUACUCCAGUGCUUUUGCAAGCUCAACAAAUGCAUAUAUGCUGAUAUACAGACUGAAGGAUCCAACAAGAAAUGCAAAAUUUCUGGAAGUGGAUGAGUACCCAGAACACAUUAAGAACCUGGUGCAGAAGGAGAGAGAAUUGGAAGAACAGGAAAAGAGGCAACGAGAAAUUGAACGAAACACAUGCAAGAUAAAAUUAUUCUGUUUACAUCCUGUGAAACAAGUAAUGAUGGAAAACAAGUUGGAGGUUCAUAAGGACAAGACAUUAAAGGAAGCAGUAGAAAUGGCUUAUAAGAUGAUGGAUUUAGAAGACGUGAUUCCCUUGGAUUGCUGUCGCCUGGUAAAAUAUGAUGAGUUUCAUGAUUACCUGGAACGAUCCUAUGAGGGAGAAGAAGAUACGCCAAUGGGGCUGCUUCUAGGAGGAGUCAAGUCAACGUACAUGUUUGAUCUGCUGUUGGAGACAAGAAAGCCUGAUCAAAUUUUUCAGUCUUAUAAACCUGGAGAAGUGAUGGUGAAAGUUCAUGUUGUCGAUCUGAAGGCAGAGACUGUCGCUGCUCCUGUAACAGUGCGUGCUUAUUUAAAUCAGACAGUUUUGGAGUUCAAACAGCUGAUCUCAAAGGCCACACACUUACCUGCAGAACCCAUGAGGAUCGUGCUGGAGCGCUGCUACAACGACCUGCGCCUGCUCAGCAUGCCCAGCAAGACCCUGAAGGCUGAGGGCUUCUUUAGAAGUAACAAGGUGUUUGUUGAAAGCUCUGAGACAGUAGAUCACCAGGCAGCCUUCACAGACUCCCACUUGUGGAAACUCCUGGAUCGACAUGCAAAUACAAUCCGGUUAUUUGUUUUGCUGCCUGAACAAUCUCCAGGGUCUUAUUCGAAAAGGACAGCAUACCAGAAAGCUGGAGGGGAUUCUGGUAAUGUGGACGAUGACUGUGAAAGAGCCAAGGGACCUGCAGGAAGUUUAAAGUCUGUGGAUGCCAUUCUAGAAGAGAGCACUGAAAAACUCAAAAGCCUGUCACUGCAGCAGCAGCAGGAUGGGGACAACGGAGACAGCAGCAAAAGCACUGAGACAAGUGACUUUGAGAAUAUUGAAUCCCCUCUCAAUGAGAGGGGCUCUUCCACCUCUGUGGAUAAUCGAGAACUUGAACAACACAUUCAGACUUCUGACCCAGAAAACUUUCAGUCUGAAGAACGCUCAGACUCAGAUGUGAAUAAUGACCGGAGUACAAGUUCGGUAGACAGCGAUAUUCUUAGCUCUAGUCACAGCAGCGACACUUUGUGCAAUGCAGACAGCGCUCAGAUUCCUUUGGCCAAUGGACUCGAUUCUCACAGUAUCACAAGUAGUAGAAGAACUAAGGCAAACGAAGGGAAAAAGGAGACAUGGGACACAGCUGAAGAAGACUCUGGGACUGACAGUGAAUAUGAUGAGAGUGGCAAGAGCAGGGGGGAGAUGCAGUACAUGUACUUCAAAGCUGACCCCUACACUGCGGACGAAGGCUCUGGGGAAGGACACAAAUGGUUGAUGGUGCAUGUUGAUAAGAGAAUCACCCUGGCAGCUUUCAAACAGCAUUUAGAGCCUUUUGUUGGAGUCCUCUCCUCUCACUUCAAGGUUUUUCGAGUGUACACCAGCAAUCAAGAGUUUGAGACCGUCCGGUUGAAUGAGACCCUUUCAUCAUUUUCAGAUGACAAUAAGAUCACAAUCCGACUGGGGAGAGCACUGAAGAAGGGAGAGUACAGAGUUAAAGUGUGCCAGCUCUUAGUCAAUGAGCAAGAGCCAUGCAAGUUUCUGCUAGACGCCGUAUUUGCUAAAGGCAUGACUGUGCGGCAAUCGAAAGAGGAGCUGAUUCCUCAACUCAGGGAGCAGUGUGGCUUAGACCUCAGCAUCGACAGGUUUCGUCUAAGGAAGAAAACAUGGAAGAAUCCUGGCACUGUUUUUUUGGAUUAUCAUAUUUAUGAAGAAGAUAUUAAUAUUUCUAGCAACUGGGAAGUUUUCCUGGAAGUUCUUGAUGGUGUGGAGAAGAUGAAGUCCAUGUCACAGCUUGCCAUUUUAACCAGACGGUGGAGGCCUUCGGAGAUGAAGUUGGAUCCCUUCCAGGAGCUUGUGUUGGAGAGCAAUAGUGUUGAUGAGCUUCGAGAGAAGCUGAGUGAAAUCAGUGGGAUUCCUUUGGAAGACAUUGAAUUUGCCAAGGGUAGGGGAACCUUCCCCUGUGAUAUUUCUGUCCUUGAUAUUCAUCAAGAUUUGGACUGGAACCCUAAAGUCUCUACCUUGAAUGUGUGGCCUCUUUAUAUCUGUGAUGAUGGUGCCGUCAUAUUUUAUAGGGAUAGAACAGAAGAAGUAAUGGAAUUGACAGAUGAGCAAAGGAAUGAACUGAUGAAAAAGGAAAGCAGCCGACUGCAGAAGACGGGACAUCGUGUGACAUACUCCCCUCGCAAAGAGAAAGCACUCAAGAUCUACCUGGAUGGGGCGCCAAAUAAAGACGUAGCUCAAGACUGACCGCCAGUGCAGCCUUUCCCCUGAGGGCUCUUUAAGUAGAUGGUUCACUACUGCUGGGUAGUGCCAUUUUGGCCGGACAUGGUUUGGUAACCCCAUGACACCAGCACUGAUUGGACCGCCCUUCACCAAUCAGAAGCUCAGUGCCCAGUGGGCCACUGUCUUGACUUGGAAUCAUGUUGUGCACUAUAGUCAGAUGUACUGUAAAGCCAAGGAUGUGCAAGAGAAACAAGCAAAGCCUGCUACUAUGAAGGGAGGGGGACAAGUAGAUUCAUUGAUUGCGGACAAAUGUGCACAUAGCCGCUAGUAAAACUAGCCUCAAACAGGAUGCUCAUAGCUUAAUAAUAAAAGCUGUGCAAAGGCCAUGAAUGAAUGAAUCUUCUGUUUAUUUCAUUGAUACACACAUUACCUCAUUGACAGUUCUGAAGCAAAUGCAACUGUGUUGACUUUUGAAAAGCAGCAAAGAGGAGUGGAAGGAGUUGUUAGAACCAGCGUAGCCCACAGAGGAAUUAGGAAGGUGUGUUAUUUUGUUUGACUUUUUGCAAAGUAUUAAGAACCUUAGGGAGACAGCCCAACAUCUGUGUCCUUGGGCCAUGCCCAGUAGUUGUGCUCAGCUGCUACAGGUUUGUGACUAGAACCAACUGUAAGCUGUGGAUAUAGAGAAUGUCUCCUUCCUUCACUCGGCGUGUAAAUACAGCGGCCCUGUUGAGUUCUCCCGGCUGCAGCUCUGCUGUCUGCCAAGGCUCUUUGCCUCUCAUCCGUCAUGCACAUUGUGUACCCUGAAGCCUAGCAGUCCGUCUGUGUACUCCUCAUUGAACGCCAUAGGAUGUAUUUGCUUGUUAAUGAGGGUUCUCUGUUCAGUAGCUUCAAGAUCUUUUCUCUGUACAUUUAUUUUCAAAGAAUUGCUUCAAGUUUGAGUCUUCUAGAAUGCCUGUAAAGUCCCGUUUUAAUUUUUAAGAGUCAGUUUGUAGUUCUGUAGUUUAACUUGGGGAACCAUCUGCCCAUCGUAUGGAAUAGUUUCUCGGGGGCCUUGGUGCAGACCUGGUGCCACAUGAUUCAUCGCAGAGUGCGCUGGAGUCAGCAGGCUGCUUCUGCUCUGCCAAGUACAGUGUCAAAGAGUAGAAUUCCAAAUAAACUUUGAAAUACUAUCUAAUUUAUAAAAGUCAAUAAAAGGUUUUGGUAAAAUUUUUUCAUGCAAGAUGCUGUUUACAACACUGAACAUGCCAAUAAAACAUUUGUUCAUGUU